AUGAAUCCGUAUCUCAGCUGGGCGAUCCUGCUGGUUGUGGCAGGUGGCCUGGGCUGGUAUUACAAUGGCCCCACUCCCAAGAUUAAUGCCCCUUUCAAACCUGUCGUGGAGAAGACAGAAAUUACAUCGGCUGUGAAGAAGCCAAAACGCAAGGCGAGGAAGUCUCCCGAGCCCUCGUCUUCUCCCGCUCCAAAGAUCGAGCAGAAGUCUACAUAUGAGCCUGCGGCUCAGGAAUCUGACAAGCCGGAUGAGGAGAUCGAUCAGAAGGAAAUGGCCAAGCGCUUCACGGCAGUGAAGAACGGAACCAUUGCUCAAUCCAGCGACAGCGGCAGUAAGUCCCAGAAGAAGAAGAACAAUAAGAGGGCCACCCUCAAUCAGCCGGAGAAUGGCAACAGCGAGCGGUCCGCCUCGCGUGUUUCUACCCGCACUUCGUCUACCACGGGAGCUGAUGCGGAUGAUGACCUCUCCCCUGCUGGUUCCCCCUCCGUCAAUGCCACCGUUCCUUCCACUGGUUAUGUCUCGGAUAUGCUCGAAGCACCUGCUCCUGGAGCAUCGGUCCUCCGCGUCACAGGCUCUAUGGAUCAAGAAUCCCAGAAGAAGAAACAGAAGCCUCAGUCUUUCAAGCAGGUCGAAACCAAGAAGCAGCGUCAGCAGCGCCUGAAGAAUGAAGCCCGGAAGCAGCAGGUCCAGGAGGCCGAGGAGCAGCGACGUAAGCUGCUGGAGAAGCAGCGCCAUACGGCUCGUGAAGCGGAGCGCCAGGAAACUCCCCAGGCUAAGCCGGCGUCUCAGACCAGCGCCUGGCAAACCAAGAUCGCCAGCAACAGCUCCAACGGUGCCUCCCAGGCGGCCGCCAAGGUGGAUUUGCUGGACACCUUCGAGCCGGAGAGCAAGUCGAGCCAGCCGGCACCCUCUGGCGAAUGGGAUCAAGGUCUCCCCUCCGAGGAGGAGCAGAUGCGCAUCCUCGGUGCUGGUGAUGACCAGUGGACCACCGUCUCUAGCAAGAAGAUUAAGAAGAAGGGUGGCAAAGAUGAGAGUGAAGCCAGUGCUCCGGAGACCCAGCCCACUGCCACCUCUGCCCCUGCCCCCGUUGAACCUAAGGUGAAGGUGACCCCUACCUAUCUUCCCGACAUCCUUCGCUCCAAGCAGAAGGGUCACCCUCUCGACUCCGACUGGGCUGCUUAA